UUCUCUACCUUCAAUACUAAUCUACUUUCUACCUGUGUUGACCUCUGGUGUUUAUAGGUAAUUGCAUAAACAAAAAAUAGAGUUAUGUUAAUUUUAUUUGCUCUUAUUCAAAUUUUGGGUUGUUUGUUGAGUAUGACUGACUCUUUCAAGAUUAAAUCUUUAAUUUAUCCACAAUUUGGAUUUUCCCUGAUUUCAUUUGGGCUAAACAAAAACCUGGCAUUUCAGUUGUUCCGAGCUUCUGGGUUGAUUCAGGAAUGGUGAUGAUGAAAUCCUUGACUUAGUUCUUGCAAAAAUCAGGUUUAGAAAUUGAUUUUGAGGAAUGUGAUGGAGCUCACUCAUGUAAAUGGUGAGGGAGAAAUUGAAGAGAGCGAGGCAUCUGAAAGGAUAAGUUUUAGGCAAAACCCAUUCCACCAAUCAAAUUACUCUGGUGUUGUGAGGAAAAAGGCUUACAUUUUUGAUGGGGAUGGGAAUUACUUCAACAAGGAAUGGGAUCUUGUGCAAGGCUCAGGCAAAGAGUUUUGUUGGUAUCAUGUUGAGCUCCCAAAAGGGAACCAUAAGCUCUCCCAGCUGGCUCAGCAUCUCAUCGACGCCCUAUCCCCGCCCCUAAAGCUCCAGGACAUCCUCUCCCUCAUCAGCAACGGCCCGUUUUGUGGCCACGUUGACGGUGCUCUUGUGUUCAGAGUUAACUCUCCCGGCCCCGCCUCUAGCAAGUUCACCUUUAGGAUUGCAGCUAGGGUCACCGAGAAUUCAGUCAUCACGGUGUCGUUGGGGCGCGUGCCUAGGCUGGGAUUCUCCCCGGCGAAUGAGUCUUUGCUGUCGGAGAUCCCAAUUGUAGAGAGUUCGAGUAAUGGCAGCAGGACUAGUGAAGGUAGGGAUAGAGGGGGGAUUGUGAUAAGGGAGCAUGUGCUGGAUUUUCUGCUGACUAUGAAUCAUUCGGAGGAAGCUGAUAAUCCUGUGCCUAAAUCUGUCGCGGAUCUUGUGGUGCACAUCAUCGAUACGCACGUGGAUCACCUUCAGGAUGUCGUGACCAAGCUUGAGAUUGAGCUGGAUGCGGUCGAGUUAGAGAUGGACAGAGGUGGUUUUGCUAUGAAGAAGCAAAUGUUAGACAGCCGAAGAUUCCCAAAAAUGAAUCUCGAUUUGCAACGUCUAUUGCAGGUGAUCGCACACGGUGAACAAGUAUUUCCCCGAGUCAAGGAGAAGUGUUCGUCUAAAGAAUGGUUCAGCAGUGAAAACAUCAACGCUUUAGAAGAGUUGAUUGGUCGUAUAAGGAGAUUAAAGGAGAACGUUGGCUUCAUAGCCAACCGCGUCACAGCAAUUCAGGCAGGCCUCGACAGCUGGCAGUCCGAGCAAAUAAACCGAAAACUAUACUACCUCUCUUUCCUCUCCAUUAUAUUCCUGCCUCUGUCAAUAAUAACCGGAGUGUUCGGGAUGAAUGUGGGCGGAGUUCCUUGGACCGGACAAAGAGACCCCGCGCUAAAGGAUGGGUUUCGCAACGUGAUGAUGGUCUGUGCAGCGAUGCUUGCAGUCGUUCUCUUGUGCUUCGGUUUCCCGGCAUUGUACAGCCGUGCAAUGGCCUGGUGGAGAAGGCCGACUAUGCAACGAAGCUGGUCCCUCAACCGGAGGUCCUUCAUUAGGAGAGCCGGGAUGGAUGGAGGGAGAACAGACAGAGGGGGGUAUGUUCGACUUUAGGCUGCAGCGUGAUGAUCAUCGUACGUGCUAGAUAUGUUCGAUCUUCUCCCUCUUUUGAUCCGACAUCGUCUUGCUCGGGAAGGAUCGUUCUUGUACUUACAAUCGUUGAUCAUCUGCUAACUUUUACACACAAACACACACACUAAUUCUUGGUUUGCUAGAUGUAUCAUGUAGGCCAUUCUUGCAUUGGUCUUCUCCUUGGGGAUAUUGAUUUUCUUGUAUAGUAGAUAUAUUUUGUUUAAUUGA